AUGGCAAGAGAAGGUGGAAUCCUUGCAAUUUUGAUGCUUCUUCUGCUUUGUUUUGAGACCACUCAGUCAACUACAUACAUUGUUGGAGGUGAUGAGGGUUGGAGUCCAAUCGUUAGCAUGGAAGCUUGGUCUUUACAAUACAAGUUCUUUGCUGGUGACAUACUUGUAUUCAACUAUGAUGAACAGUUGUAUAAUGUAAUCUUAGUGGAUCAAAAUGGGCAUGAUACAUGCACAAUUUCUGGGAAUUCUCAAAGCUUUCAUUCAGGACAUGAUGAAAUUCCUCUUUCUUUUGGAGCAAAUUAUUUCAUAGAUAGUAAUCCUGAAGAUUGUCAAAAUGGUAUGAAACUUUCAAUCAAUGCUACCGCUCGUCCAACACCUCCGACAGCGGCUGUGAAAACUCAACGGCUAGUAUGA